CUGGCACUCCGACCCCGCUUAUACACUAAAACACCUUCGACUUUCCAUCACAGCAGCGGCGGCCGAGGAUGAACAACAGCAACCCAGCAAAUCUGCCCCCGCUGUCCGUCUCGAUUCUGGGCGUCGAACCCUUGGACGAAUUCAUACGAGAGAUCGCCGACUUCGUGCACCACAUGAUCAUGACCAGACCCAACGCAGGUCCGGACGCGAGGGUCGAGGUGGAGGCCAAGGUCGGUGUGCUGAGAGACAAGGCUUCCAAUCGGCUUAUGCUGCCUGUACUGGUAGAAACGAUAUUGUCCCCAAAUAUUGAUUCCGACUUGCGGUUCGAAACGAACAUGUCAGCAGCACAGCACAAGCACUACAACACGCUUCUGAACCAGCUACAGCAAACAUCCCGCGAACCUACCCAUCCAAGCACGCCUCUGGAGUACAAGCAUGUAAAAGUCGUAGAUUCGUUUUACGCGUCUGAGAACCCUCGCGACCGCGAGAAGAUAAGGGUUACCCGCGAUGAGAAGACUGGGACCGCGCACGAGAUCAUGACGAAGAUACGGUUGGGGGAUCUCAAUAUAUACUGUCCGAAGCGGGCUGCAGAUUGGAGAGUCAGUGUCAAUCUGGAAAUUCCAGUUGCCCAUCCCGUAGGAACUCCAACACAUACGAGAAGGAAGGACAGGAUAUGUUACUCUCACGAAGAAUUUAAUAUUGACUUGACACAAGUUACGACCACCUCGAGUUCAAACCCUUUGCCUGAGGUCACGCACGAGUUAGAGCUGGAAAUCGCCCGACCUUCUUUACUACUGUUCGCUGCUUCCAGGAGGGGGGACAUGAACGCACCAGAACAUGAGCGAAACGCGUUCGAUGAACUGAUCAGAUCCUUUGUCAACAACGCCAGAAUUCUUGUGAAAAAUGCGUCUGAUGGAUGGCAUUGAACUCCAAAAACUAGCAUGUGCAUCCUAUAACAGUACAAAGAUUAGAGCAUCUCGUCAAUCAAU